GUUUACGGCUCCGCGACUAAUUCUCCUUUCUUUACCAAAAAAAUUUUGGGAUUUUUAGGGUUUGGGAAUUUCGUUUGUAGGGUUUGAGGCGGAAUGAGGUCGAGCUUGUGCCAGAGUUGUCUCGCUUCGCUUUUAAAGCUCCUCAGUUUUAUCCAGACCUUCGUUGGGGUCUCGAUCGUUCUCUACUCGGUUUGGAUUUUGAUUCAUUUGAGAGGGGGAAAGGGUGGGGGUGGGGAUGGGGAUGGAUUUGGGUUCGAUAUCGAUAAGCUCCCUGCUCCAUGGUUUGUAAGUGCUCUGAUGGGGAUUGGGAUUCUCAUGUGUUUGAUUGCUUUCACUGGACACGUUGCUGCUGAAGCCAUCAGCAGAUGCUGCCUUUGUUUUUUUGCAGUAUUCACCAUGAUUCUCUUCCUACUAGAAGCUGUAUUGCUAGGGGACAUAGUGUUCAACAAGCAUUGGGAGGAGGAUCUUCCAUAUGAUUCAACCGGACAAUUAAAACAUCUUCAGGCAUUUAUAAAUGAUAAUUUAGAUAUGUGUGAGUGGGUUGCAGGUACUGUAGUUGUAACUCAGGUGCUUUCACUUUUAUUGGCAUUGAUUUUGCGAGCCAUGGUCCAAAGAAGAAGGUUAGACUACGACAGUGAUGAAGAUUUUGUUGUUAUUAGGAGGCCACUCCUAAAUACUCAGAGUGGACCAACUUUUACAUCAACAGCCGUUGAUGGCAAUGGGUAUCAUUCAGACCUUUGGAGUUCACAGAUAAAGCAGAAGUAUGGCUUCAACCAGAAUUAGUUUUUCUUGUAAGCAACAAAGUGGACCUGAAGCAAUGAUGUCGUCUUGUCAACAGCAUUAAGUACAAACCUAACUGUUGUUUUCUAAGCAACUCUUGGUACUGGUUUGCUUUGGUGGGUGCAGCUGUUUGAUCCCCCCUUGUAUCAUUCUCCGCUUCUUUAUAAGGUAUUAAGGUUGUGCUGGGUUCAUCUUUCUGUUUAGAAUGUGUAAAUAUCAAGGGUCUUAUUUAUUGUAUUUUAUUAUUUUUGGUUGGUUUGGUAUGAUAUAAAUGAUUUGGCACUAGAACUGUACUUGGAUAUUGAUUGUGUUUUUAGCUGGCUUUCCUAUGGAGCACCUGCCAGAUUCCUCUUUAUGUAUUAGAUACCGGUGCUCGCAAGAAUACAACUCUUUGUGGUAGCAAAGUUUUGCUUGCUUUGUAUUUUCAGGACCAGGGAGUUUUUAUGGACCACUUGAGAAUGGAAGUUCUCUCUCUUUCCAUUUGGUGCGUGAGUUACAGGUUGAAGUUUGGGUGCUUUCAGAACAUCAUUUUCCCAUGACCUGGGCAGAAAAAGAGAGUUCAUCGCCAUGGGCACCUUGUCCCAAUCCUCAUUCUCCUCAUUCUUGUUGUUGUUAGAUUUUGCAAAAUAAUGAGAUAUGAUUGUCUAUUAGCAAAGUCUACAUUGCCCCAAAAUCGAUGUAUUAUGUGAUAUAUCAUGCUUGGCAUGUAUAUAUGACUACAACUGCACUCACGAAGGCUCCCGUGUUAAUCUUUGUACAAUAAGUGGUGAAGCGGAACAAAGUCGAUUGGACAAAUUUGCAGUAGUUUGGCAUCGUGAACAAAUCUUUCGCUACUACUAAAUUUACGUACAAGAUCCCGAGUUGAUCCCAGAAAUCACUUGUGAUCCGAUUAAAUGAGAGCUCGUCCUCGUCAAUGAUCAUUAAGGAUGUCUAAAAACCAUCGCAUAACUGAAGUGGAAAAGAGGAAGUAACUUCUCAGGUGCAUUUCCAGAGGCACCGUUCAACGCGUGUGCAGAAGUGAAGGUAAAAUGUCAAGGCAAUCACGUGUAUUGUAUGAUGUCUCAGUAAGUCAUAAUGAGAGGUCCCCUAACCAUCAAAACCUUGUACUGUGCAGUGAUAAAUAGCAAGAAGAAAGACCCCCACAAGUGCAGUCCUCAAAGAUUAGUAGCUGUUACUUUUGCUGGAAGAAGGAAAAAAACAUCAUGGAGUCCCAACAGGACAAGAGAAAUUACAUCGGCAAGAAACACGAUCCGAAGAUCACGCUGCCAUCUAGUGCACUGAUUCAUUCUUUAAUUACACUUUAACUAACUUGUCCUGUGGCAUUAAAGGAAUCUUGUAUGAUUCAGAGUAGCACCUCCUGAAUUAACUAUUCUGGUAGUUAUGUUC